AUGAUGAGGACCCCAGUAACUACUAUAUCUCCUAUUUACCACUUGGACCCAGUUGCUCAGGUUUCCCGACCCACUAGUGGUCUAUUAGGGAAACGAACUCGACCUAGUGAGCCAUCUUGGCUCACAGACCUCCUUAACAGGAGGGAUGCUACUGAUCUACCACCAUGGUUUGAGGUUGGCUCUACUUCCCUUGACCAUCGAGUUGAGACACUUGAGGAAGAGGAGAAGGAGAAUUAUGAUGUGAUCCAGAUAUUAUAUCAUCUCUCAGGUGCUGAUCGCGAUGCAGUGAAUGCCUUGAGUGCUCAGGUUAGAGCAUUGAACUACCCGAUUCAGAUCAUGGAGAGCGAGCUUGCUGCACAACGAAAUCAGCUGGUUAUCUCUGCGCAGGAACGACACUAA